AUGACUGGUGCAAAGCGCUUGCUUAUUCUUGACGGCCAUAGUAGUCAUUUGACUGCUGAAUUCGAUGAUUUCUGCAAGCAGAAUGCAAUAAUAUGUCUCUGCAUGCCUGCCCAUACUUCACAUCUUCUUCAACCGCUUGAUGUGGGCGUUUUUGGCCCGCUUAAAGAGGCGUACGGAAAGCUCCUUGAAGACCUUAUGGCUGCUGGCAACAACCAUAUUGAUAAAGAAGACUUCCUAUCGCUAUAUCCGGACGCCCACAAGCAAAUCUUUACUUCGGCCAAUAUCUGCAGCGGCUUUAGAGGAGCAGGGCUUAAGCCGCUUGAUCCAGAGCAUGUUCUUUCCAAGCUUACCUUUCAACUGCGUACGCCUACAACACCACUAGUUGAAGGCUCAGUUUCCUCUGCUUUUCAGACUCCGCAGAAUACUCGCCAGCUGAAUCGAAAGGUUCGAAGCCUGCAGAAUAGCCUUAAUAGAAAGCGGCAGCUUUCUAGCAGUCCUAUUGCGCAUAUUCAACAUCUGGAGAAAGCAGCGCAAAUGGCGAUGCAAACUACCCUUCUUUUGCAGCAAGAAAUUAGGGCUAUACGCGCUGAAAAUGGACGACAACGUCAAAAAAAAGCAAGAAGACGUGCUGAGAUAGGUAAUGACCGCCUUCUUAAUGUGCAGGAAGGUGAAAACCGCGUUCAGCAGCUUGAUACGCAGCUUAAUGAGCAGCCUGCGGAAUCUACUCUAGCGCCUCGUCGACGAGCUCCGCAGCGCUGUAGUGGGUGUGGAACAAUCGGGACAUACAAUUCGAAAUUGCCCUAG